AUGCAAGAUGAAGGAAAUAGGAGUGCUUAUUAUUCGUACAUUUUAUUCGUUGAUUUGUUAAAACAAAUGUCACAAACAAAGCAAGAAAAAGAAAUUACGCUUAAAAAAUGUAAAGAUUAUUAUCGUCGAAAUAAAAGUGAACUUGAAAAAAUUGAAGUAUUUCGUCAUACAUACACUUCAGUAACGGCUGUCAAUUGGUAUACUCGUAAUAGUUUCGCACAUAUGCCAAUAAAAGACUUUGAUAAUAUCACAGCAAAUAUUGAUGGUUUAAUUUCAACAAAUGGAUUUUUAUCAACAUCUAACGAUCAUACAAGUGCAUCACAAUUUGUUCUCAGUGCAUCAGAUACCGAAGGUUUUAAAGUUGUUCUAUUUGAAAUAACUGUUGAACCAUCUAAUCUUCAAAAUAUAGCAUUUGCUGAUAUUGAACAUUUUGCAGGAAGUUAUGAACGAGAAGUAUUAUUUAAUAUUGAUUCUGUAUUUAAAACGGAAAAUGUUGCUUAUGAUACAGAAUUUAAUGUGUGA